CCCAGAAAUCCUUUACUUCAGGGCAAAGUGCACUGAACUUAACUUCCCUUAUUUCAGCUCUUGGAAAAUGCUGUAGAUCUGUGAGUGCUGUAUGAACCGUGUUGGACUAAGCUGCACUGUUUUUCUGUGGUGGAUUCUAAAUGACAUGUUCUUAGAACUGCUGGCUGCUACUUGUUUUAAUUAACCUCCAGUUUGAUGGUGGAUUGUUUACAAAGUUUAUUCAUAAAUGUACUCCACGGUGCUGACUGGAUGAAGACAGAAAAGUCUCCACUUUACAAGCAUGCCUAGUUCAAUAGGAAGGAGGCAUCUGGAAACCCAGCCCCAAUCAGUUCCUAAAUCUAGCUUCAAGAGGAAAAGGUCAUAUACUUGUUCAACCAUCUACAUGUCCCUGUUAGAUUCAUAAUCAUUGAGUCAUACAGCGUGGAAACAUCGUCCAACAUGCCCUCUCUACAUUGGUCCCACCUGCCUGCGAUUGGCCCAUAUCCCACUGAGCCUAUCCUAUCGUUCACAUUCUGUGCAUCAUGGAAGGAAAAGUCCACCAUUUACAAAAAUGUCUAGAUGGCAUUUAUAAGGUCAUUAGAAGUGCAAAUGACAUUUUGUGUGGAAUCAGCCAGCCAUCUGUUUGCAGUGAAGUGCUGCAGUCUCCACAGGGAGUUGCUUACAUCUCAGGUGUCAAUGAGGUAUAUAAAGUGGCAAAGAGAGUGGAAGGAGGAAUGAAGAGCCUGAAUAUUGACAAUCAAAAUCUCCAUAAUCGUUUGAGAGACAUUGAACUAACUUGGAACAACUUACAAGCUUUCUUUUCAUUUAGCCCUACAAUCUUACAAAUGUUGUCUUCUGAACUGACCCCUGUCUGUUCACCUGCAACUGAUUCAGAAAAUGGGCCGAUCAGAACCUGUGGAGUGUGUCUAUUCAGAACAGGGAAUGAACUAAAUUGGAAGAUGCCAGCAACAUGCCUGAAAUUCAAGAGAGUCGGGAUGGAAGUUAGUGGAGUGGCUAUUACCAGGGAGAUGGUGCUUGGGAAGCUGAAAGGGCUGAAGGUGGAUGUCCCCUGGACCACAUGGACUGCAACCUAUGGUUCUGAAAGAGGGCAAGGCAAAUACAGUGCUUUACAACAGUUGUCACUAUCACGCCAGCUGUGCUAACUUCUGGUUAAACUGCGUGGAUUCCAAUUUACCAGGUCUUAUUGCAGCUGAAGAAAGAUCUCAGACUUCGGAGCCUUGCUCUUCCUGUGCUGAAUUGCCUGGUCAUCAGUUGUGACGACUAUUCUUCCUCCACCUCAAUGACUGUGCACUCUAUUUAUUCUUGGAACCAAAUUAAUAAUUUUGUCAAAAGCACUUUGUAUUAAAUACGAGAAUACAUUCAGUUAUUUUGAAAUAAAUAAUUGAAUAAAAA